AUAAAGAGAAGUCACAGGGUCAUACUCGCCUUAAGGGAUCAUAUUCAACUUUUUGAUUACUGAGAGACCAAAACAUUCUCAAACAGCACAAAUAAGCUCAGACAGAAUUAUAUUUAAAUUAUAAUCUUUAAAAAAGAAUUUCUCUUCGGUCGAGGUCAUGUCUUUUCGUUUAGCUGUUGCGCCCGGUCUUUUUGUUACUCUCGUUGUGGUCAUUUACAAGUGGAGACAACGCAAGACAGUCGAGCCGCUGGAGAAGACACAAGCUGAACUCCAGAGCAAGACUGAGGAGAUCUGUGAGCUGAAGGAGGAGCUCGAGAAACUUGAGUGGCUGCGAAAUGACACCCUUAAAGGAAUGAAUGAGUCACAACGGAAGCUCACCAAGCUUACCCUCGCUAUCAAAAGGAUGGAGAAAUUGGAGGAGAACACAGACUUGGACAGGUUCAAUGCUGAGAUCAACAGGAGGAAAGAAAACGAGGAGCACCUGCAGAUCAUGAAGCUGAGGCUUGAGGACGAGAAUAAAGAGCUCAAUGAGGAACUAGCUAAAGUCAAACAUCAGCUCAGGAAUGAGGGUCAGAGGAGGAGGGAUGCUGAGAUAACCAUGCAGACACUGAAGAAGAAGCUGGGAAUCAGCAAUGAAAAGUUAAAAGAAAUAGAGACUGAAGUCCUGAAGCUCCGUGCUGAGAAGAAUAGACGAGAAGGAGAUACUGAGGAGCUGCAGACCUUACAGAAGAAGCUCCAGGCCAAGAAUGAAGAGUUAAAAGAAAAAAUCGCUGAAGUCCUGAAGCUCCGUGCUGAGAAGAAUAGAAGGGAAGCAGAUGUUAACGAGCUCCAGGCCAAGAAUGAAGAGGUAAAGGCAGCAGCUGAGGAAGCUGUGAAAGAAUCAGAGACCUCUGCAGAAAAAUGUGAAUGAAGGACUGAGCGCUGUUUACAGCACAGACUCGCAGGACAAUGUCACAGCCACACAGUUUACUCUGAGUGUUUUACAGUCUCAGUUCCACAACCGCAUACACAAACAGCAAGCUUCAUAAAUCUAACAAAUUUUAUGUAUAUAUUUUUAAUUGGUGGAUCACUGAAUCAAAUGUGGAAGGCCAUGUCCACACAAUGAGGGCUGAGGGUAAAAUGGCAAGGAUGUAUAUAUACAUACAAAGAAGCGUCUGUUUGACAUUGUCUGCUCUGCAAUAAACUUUUGUCGCAAAGGAUUUCUUCAAGAGCACGCACA